UCUUAGUCACUAUUCUUCGGAGGCUUCGAAGCCGAAACAACAGGGGGAACUGUUUGGUGGAAUGAGGUAAAACUAACCAAGUUCAGGACCUGAUAAAUAAAGGAAAAUAAGAUGACCCAAGAAGUUAACCUGAAUUCCCUCAAGGAACUGGAACGUGAGAUAAUACUUCAGGUCCUCUACCGAGAUCAGAUGGUGCAAAAGGUUGAGGAGGAGAGGAUAAGGAAACUGAAGUUGCACCUGCAGGAUCUUCGAUGGAGACCAGCAAAGAACACAAAGCAGGAAUACAAAGAGAAGUUCUGUGCACGAUGCCAGAAAUCUCUAGGCUUGGUGAUAAACCGAGGAGGUGUAUGCCAGGGCUGCAGCCAUCGAGUAUGUUCCGAGUGUCGGGUCUUCCUGAGGAAAACCUACAUGUGGAAAUGCACUGUCUGCUUUGCUGAUGGGGAUGUAAAAAUAAAAACUGGAGAGUGGUUCUUUGAGGAACGAGCCAAGAAAUUUCCAGCUGAAAGCAAACAUGAAACAGCUGGUACAAAGCUCUUGAAAUCUUAUCAGAAACUGAGCAAAAUUUCCGUGGUUCCUCCUACUCCACCUCCUGUCAGUGAGAGCCGUUGUGGAUCCAACACAGGGGAACUUGGUCAGCUUAAAGGAUUUAAUAAAUCGAUGGAAAAUUUGUUUCUGUCUCUUACCACACACAUAAAAAAAAUCUCCAAGUCCCAGAAUGACAUGACUUCUGACAAACAUCUUCUAACAACCAAUUGCAGGGAGGAGAGGAGAAGCCAAUCUGACACUGCCAUCAACUUGACAACCAGGACUGACAGCUUAACAGAUCAUCUUAAACUUGUCAACCAAGAGAAUGAUGAAAGCUUUAUUACUCCCAUCUUACAGCAAGAAAAUAUUUUACCUACUUCUACUCAUAGCGUCAUGUUCUCUGGUGGCAUCAAACAUGGAAGUUUGGCAAGCAUUAGCAGCACUUGUACAGAGGUGGGCAGUUUUGACAAUGCUAAUAUAACUGGAGAAAUACUAUUUGCCCUUCAGUACGACUUUAAGGCUUCUACGCUAGAAAUCUGCAUCAAAGGCUGUAGGAAUCUAGCCUUUGGAGAAGAAAAGAAGAAAAAAUGCAAUCCCUACAUAAAGACCUAUCUGCUGCCUGAUAGAGGCUCUCAGGCCAAGAGGAAGACGAGUGUCAAAAAGAACACCGUGGAUCCUCUCUUUCACGAGACUUUGAAGUAUCGUGUGGAGCAUUCCCAGCUGCAGACCCGACUGCUCCAGGUCUCUGUGUGGCACUUGGGAACACUUACCCGGAAAGUGUUUCUGGGAGAAGUUUUAAUUCCUCUGGCUUCCUGGAACUUCGAAGAUAGUACAGUACAAUCAUUCCACUGCUAUCAGCUCAAAGCUAAGAAUUACAGAAUCGCAGAAUCUCAGAGUUGGAAGAGAACUAGGAAGUCAUCUGGUCCAGCCUAUACCUGAAGAACAUCCUCUCAAACAUACAUGACUUGCAAGUGUGUGUUCAGCCUUGCUUGAAGCACUCCAGGGAUGGGGGAAGCCAUUCCACCCAAGGCUGCCCACCCAUUUCCACCUUGACAUUGUUCUGUUUGCUGGGAUUUUCCCCCUAAUAUCAAGCCUAAAUCAGGCUUUCUGCACCUUGUGUCCAAUGUUUAUAAUUCUACUCUCUGAGGUCAAAUAGAGCAAGUGACCACCUUCUGAUACUCAAAAAUAGCUACCAUGUCUCCCCCUGCCUUCACUUCUUCAGGUUAAACAUCUUGGUUCCUUCAAUUGACCCUCAUAUGAUAUGAUCUUGUAGCCUUUCAUCAUUCUGGUUGCCCUCUUCUGGAUGUGCCUUUCAACGUCCUUAAAAUGUAUGGCUCCCAUCUGAACACAACGUUCCCAAUAUGGGCUGAACAGGGCAGAGUACACAUGAUUGAAUCAAGUGUUUUGGCUGCAGCGUCACACUGUUGAUGCAUAUUGACCUUGUAGCCUAUUAAGUCCCAUCCCCCUACCCCAAUAUUUUUCUGGCCAUGUUUUUCUCAUCUUAUAUUUGUAAAUUUUUUUUAAUCCAUGACACACGCUACAUUUUUUUCUUAUUAAACUUAAUCUUAAUAUGAUUCAUAGUCUUGUUCUCAACAUUGACUCAGUGAGAAUCUUAAAUUUCUUUCCAUACCCCUAGGGCCAGUUAGCAUUUAAAGAAUGUCCUGAUGCUACAAAAUACACAAACUCCAUCAUCACUGAAGUGCCGGAAAUUGGGUCCCAGCCCAACCCCUCAUGUCCAACUGUUCUGCCUUUCAGUCUGGGUAAUGAGCCUGGAGAGAAGUUUGGGGGAGAUUCUUCAAGAAUAACUGAAUUCUGGGGUAACCCCACAUUUUUGCUUUUGCCACCGGUGUCAAUCUCUUCCAUUCACCAACAGUUCCCCCAGCACUGAAAAAUGUUAACGUUGUUUUGAUUUGAUCUUUCUCUUUGACCUUUCCUUCUCUCUACCAGAGCAGCUACAUAACUGUAGAAAGGCAGAUAUUGGGUGGUUAGAGGAGAAACUAGAGACCUAGAUAAUCUAUAGACUAUAUUUGUGUUUUGGUUGAUAAAGAUUUGACUGUUUUUGUGGGGGAGGGGAAAGAAUCCUACCCUCCCUCUAAACAAAGAUACUGGUAGCAAGGUGAAUCAAACUGGCAUUCUUCACUCCCCACCCAGAAUUUUAUGGCCCUGAGCCAAUAGUCAGGUGGCAAUUUCCAAGGCUGAUUAUCUCUUAGAACAUUGGCCAACAGAUCAUGACCCAGUAGCACUGGGCCAGGACAGUCAUCUUAGGGCAGCCAAGCAUGUCAGGGCUUAGAUGACUCUUUCAAACAGUAAGUACCUGCUGUGAAUCCUUCAGUCAAUCAAUCAACAUUUUCCAAGUACCUAUGAAAUGCUAGAGAGACUCAAAAAAGGACAUCAUAUGUUAAUUAUGUGUAUGCCAAAUCUCUCUUAUUGCCAUGUCAGGUAAAAAGUCAUCUCUCCUAAGCCUGGAGAGCCUUAUCCUCAAGCUCAUCAAAAAGGACUAGUUUUAUUAUAAAGACAAACAACUUUGAAAGACUUGAGAACUCUGAUUAAUGCAAUGACUGACUAUGACUUGACAGAGAGAUGACUGACUCAAGAUGGAGAAAAUGACAUAUUUUUGGACCCAGCCGAUGCAAGAAUUUGUUUGCUUGACUGUGUAUUUGUCACAACAGCUACUUUCUUUUUCCAGGGAUGGGACAGUGAAAGAAAA